CGUUCAUUUUCCCGUAUCCAAUCCAUUCGUCAGAUUGUGUUUGUGCCUUGUGCCACUGGGCGUCCGUGUCGGUUCGCAAAACAUUUCUCAGUUUUCGUUUCACCGUGCACAGUGCACACGCACGCACAAAGUCGUUACUCUUGUUAUUAUUAUUCUAUUGUAAUUUUUUUUCCAUCGGUUUCGAGUUGGUUUUUAUUAUUGUCAUCGUCGUUAUUAUUAUCGAAACGUAUCAAUCUUUAUUAGCAUAUUAAAAAAUCGUUAAUUUUAUAUUAUAUUGUUGUUCGUCGCGUUUUGUUUUUUUUUCCCAAAAUAUUUUAUCAUCCGCCGCCGCCGCCGUCGUCGUCCGCGUUUACCGAGUAUUUUUACCGAGCCAGCUCUCUUCUUCCAACGCCCGCAGCACACACGCCGGUCUCCGGACGCGUCGUGUAAACGUAAAACCCACUGCUUGCUGAUCGUUGAACCUCUCACGGAAAACCGAUCAUCGCCAAAACGAACGCAUCGGGAACGCGCCACCGUAGUGUAGCAUGUUAGGCCGCCAGUCGUCCGCCCUUCUACGUUUGUGAUAAACAAAGUUUUUCGAUACGGCCUCAAGCUGUGGACUGCAACGCCCUAUUUGAUCCCCCAUCAGGGGCUAUACUAUCCACAAAUGGUUCAAGGAGGAAUUGAUCCAUAUGCAUCACUCGCAGCAGCGUCUGGUGCAUUCCCUAUGCAACAACCCGGACAAAUGGCUGCGAUGACGCUUAAAAUGGCCAAUCCCCAGCAACCAACUCUAAUGCCAGCCACGGUGGCUGCACCUCAAAAUACAGCUCCACUUCCACCACAAGUGACUGUAGAAAGUGAUCCACCGUUGCCACCUAUUGCAUACUCACCCCCGACUGGGCUUAAUAUGUCCAUGGCGUCAUCACAACAACAGCAGCAGCUUCAACAGCAUCAGCAACAUCAGCAGCAGCAGCAGCAGCAACAACAGCAGCAGCAGCAACAACAACAACAACAGCAGCAGCAGCAGCAGCAGCAGCAACAACAACAACAACAGCAACAGCAACAACAACAACAACAACAACAACAACAACAACAGCAAUCUGUUGGAUUAAUCAAGUCUGACCAACAACAAAUUACAGUCACUACAGCAUCACAACCGUUGGAAUGUACUAAUGCUACAAAUGCAUUGACUACACCGGUGUCAGUAUCUGUAGCCUCACCAACGAACAUUACCAAUGUUGGCGCUGGGUCCCCUUGUUCAUCUAGCGAAGACAAAAAUAUCCAAUCAAAGAGACUUCAUGUAUCAAAUAUACCCUUUAGAUUUAGAGAGCCUGACUUGCGUGCCAUGUUUGGGCAAUUUGGACCAAUUCUAGAUGUUGAAAUUAUAUUUAAUGAGCGUGGAUCAAAGGGAUUCGGUUUUGUAACGUUUGGGAAUAGCGCUGACGCUGAUGAGGCUCGCGAACAUCUUCACGGAACAGUUGUUGAAGGCAGAAAAAUAGAGGUGAACAAUGCAACAGCAAGAGUGCAAACUAAAAAAGUAGCUGCGCCUUUACAAUUACCAAAUGUAUUACUCUCUAGAAACGGAGUAUUGCCGAACCUUGUUUGUGUUCAGUGGCCUGAGGCCGCUGCAGCAGCACUCAGAGGGGCAGCUAUACAACGCGGCCGGGCUGUGGCGGCCGCGAACGCCGUCAGGAACGCGGCCGCAAUGGCUGCUGUGGCCGCGGCGUCCAACGGCGGAUUUCCGUCGGUCGGUGCUCCAGGAUUUAACACCGCUAGACUGCCAGCGACCAGCAUUGCCGUCACGCCCAAUCCGUUACAAGCUAUAAACACGGCUCCCGGUUCUUACGCCCCUAAAAUGUGUUUCAGUGGAGUGUACUAUGAUCCAUUCCUGGCAGCUCAAGCUGCAGACAAUAACUACAGGUUACAGGCAGGAGCAGUCAAUGAGGUAGCUGCCGCAGCAGCAGCCGCGUCACCCCUACUUAAGGCCGCAGCCGCAGCCCAAGGGACUCCAGCGUUGUCGUCCGCCGCAGCGGUGGCCCAAGCGCAACAGGCAUCCUACGUUGCCGCCGCCACGUACACAGCCGCAGCGGCUAGAGCGUACAACGCGGCGGCUGCAGCCGCCAACAACCAGAUGGCCAACCCGGCGGCCGCUGCCGCUGCUACGUACACGGCGUUGCCAGCUGGAUAUACUGGGCGUGAAUACACCGCAGAAUCAUACUUAGCUAGUCACGGUAUUGGUCCAGUCACUGGAUACGGGCCAAUGUACCGAAGUGGCUACAACCGAUUCACCCCGUACUGAUUAUAAUAUACAAUAUAAUAAUAUUAUCCUAUGAGAUUAUUAUAUACAUUACGAUUAAUUAUAAUUUUUACUCGUGUAAGAAGGCAGCCAUAUAAAAUAAUAUAUAUAUAUGUAUAUUAUACUAUUAUAUCCAUUGAUAUACAUAAAUAUUUGAUAACGCGGUGAAGAGAUGAAUUUAGAUUAUUUUAAAUGUCUCUCAUCUGGUACUCCCUGUCCCGACCGUGUGAACUUGGGCAACGAUUUUUGUAAUAAUUUUUGAAAAAUCAUUUAACACCAUAUAAACAUAGGUACUAUAUAAUGUACAUUGUACUUAUUACAUGAUUAAUUAAUAAUUGUAGUCGUUUGCAUUUAUCUCUGUUACCGACGUUGUUAAUAUUGCGUAAAAUGUAUAAAAGCUGACCACUUCCGAUCCUUAAUCCUUCACCACGACCGCUUAACUUUUUUUAAAUAGUUUAAUUAUUAUAGGUAUUUAUGUAUAUUAACGAUUUAGGACUCCAAACCCUUUCCGAAUUUUGUACAUCCAUAUAUUUUGUACGCCAUUUAUUUAUUUAUAUUAUUAUUUUAAUUGUUAUUAUAUGAUUAUUAUUAUUCGAUUUCCAAUCCCUGCUGACCAUCACUUGCUCCUUCUCUACCCCGUUUCCAAAUAUUGUUGAAAUACAUUGAUAAAUAAUAACUAUGAACAAAAUAUCAUGACAAAAAAACAUAUAUAUAAAAAAAAAAAUUACCUUAGAUUAGAAUGCUUACAUUUGUAUGAUAAUAUAUUAUAUUUGUUAUUAUUAUUAUUAUUUGACAUAAAAUCGUUUGAAUCUCGAUUGAUGGACAUUCGUGAGUUGGUGGGGAAAAAAAGAAUCUCGACAGUAAUAAUUAUUUUUCAUAGAUAAUGAUGGAAUAAUAACAACAUCGAAAGGCGUUCGUAGUGGGUUUUCUCUUUUCUAAGAGUAAAAUUUUAUCGCUGCCGUUGCCUUUUGAUUACGUUUGUUGCUAAAAUACUACCUUAGACCACGAUUAUUUUAGCGACUGUGUGUGUGUAUAUAUAUAUAUAUAUAUAUAUAUUUAUGUGUAUGUAUAUUAUUUAAAUUAUAGGAAAAACGAUCUGAAUGUUCACCAACCAACAAAUAUAUAUUAUAUAUAUUAGAGCUCUCUCAAUUUGUUUGUUUGUAUGUUUUUUUUUUUAGUUCAUUUUUAUAAUAAUAUAUUAUAAUUUUAAGUUUUAUUAUUACUAUUAUAUUUUUUCUUUUUUACGGAAGCUCCGAACAAGAAACAUCACACUUAGAUUUUUUUUUUUUUUUUUUAUAAUACAAUUAUUAUUAUCAUUAUUAUUAUAUAUAUAUUACUAUUUUACAUUUCUGUACAAUCGUGUCUAGUUAAUUUAUUUAUUCUGUUAGCGAGUACAAAAUGAUGAUAUAAUAUUUAUUUAUGUAUAUUAUUAUGAAUAAUGAUAAUAAUAAUAAUAGCGCACAACAUAAUAUUAUGUACAUUUUUUUUUCUAAACAAAAGGACCGCACAAAUAUUAUCGUGUUACGAAACCAAAAAGAAAAAAUAAUUUAAACAAAAACAAUUGUGUACCAAUUAUUCAAUUGUUAAUAUAUUAUUAUAAAAUAUAUACUUUAAAUCCAAAUUUUGUUUAUCCCUCCCCUUGUUAUUAUUAUAAUUUGUAAUGAUAUUUUAUAAAAUGAACAAUUAUUAUAAUAUUUUAUGGUUCAAA